UAUAAAUGAAUUUUUAAUUCUUUAGAAUUUUUUAAGUUAAUAAAUUGUUAAGGUUGAUUACUUACUUCAUAGGAUAUUAUUUUAAGCUUAAAACUCAGUGGCUGUCAGCUCCGAAUUUUCUGCCAAUUUCUGUGAACACUAUUAUCUCUUCAUAAUUUUGGCGGGGACUGUGAAUUUUGAUGCAAUAUUUCUGCUAGUUAAUUGGGGAAAAGAAUAUUUAUUUUUGGUUUGUUAUUAUGGCCGUUAAUCUUGCUGCUAGCCAUGUUUUUUUCCUAUCAUUUUCAUCAUCGUCGUCGUCAUUUGCUCCGCGCCAAAUACAGCAGAAUCCCAGUUGCAGUUUGGGGAAUUUGCUCAAGUUUCCUUCUUCUCGGACAAUUCCCAAGAAUCCCAUUUCCGCCGUAGUGCGUGCUAGCGCAGCUGCAGCGGACGCAGAGGCGGCGGUGGCCACCGGAAAGGAGGAGUCUUUGCCGCCGUUGGAGGUGGGCGAGAUUGAUAGGAAGUGCAAGAAGUGGGCGUGGAGGGGUUACGCCAUUAAUUACUUUGUUUAUCCAGAAAUAAGCAGUGAAGCUACUGCUGAUGUGAAACCUCCCCUCCUUCUGGUUCAUGGUUUUGGUGCAUCGAUUGCUCAUUGGCGCAGGAAUAUCCCGACACUGGCUCAAAGCCAUACGGUCUACACCAUCGACCUCCUUGGCUUUGGUGCUUCAGAUAAGCCUGCAGGCUUUCAAUACACCAUGGAAGCAUGGUCUCAGUUGAUACUUGAUUUCUUGGAUGAGGUUGUUCAAAAGCCGACCGUGCUUUUGGGGAACUCCGUUGGUAGCCUUGCUUGUGUAAUUGCUGCUGCAGAGUCUAGUCAGUCCCUUGUUCGAGCGCUCGUGCUGCUCAAUUGCGCUGGUGGCAUGAACAACAAGGCUAUAGUCGACGACUGGAGGAUAAAGCUGUUCUUGCCUUUGCUUUGGUUGAUUGAUUUCUUGCUGAAGCAAAGAGGAAUCGCUUCUUAUUUGUUUGAACGCGCCAGGCAAAGAGAAACUCUGAGAAACGUGUUGUUGUCCGUUUAUGGAAAUAAGGAACACGUGGAUGAGGACCUCGUAGAGAUAAUUAGGAGGCCAGCGCUUGAUGAAGGAGCUCUUGAUGCUUUUGUUUCGAUCAUCACGGGCCCACCGGGGCCGAAUCCAGUCCAGUUGAUGCCGAAGAUCAAGCUGCCUGUGUUGCUCCUAUGGGGCGAUCAAGAUCCGUUUACGCCAAUUGAUGGCCCGGUUGGGAAAUACUUCUCGUCCUUACCUGCUCGACUGCCCUCGGUGAGCCUAUCUAUGUUGGAGGGAGUCGGGCAUUGCCCCCAUGAUGACAGGCCGGACUUGGUCCAUGAGAAGUUGCUCCCUUGGCUGGCUGCUCUUCCCUGUCCAUAAACUGUAUAUUGCUUGUUAGCCUCUGACUUGGUGGUUUCUUGAUGCAUGUUUACACCAUUCAAAAUCGUCAAGCAGAUGAAUUGUGUGAAGGAAAUGAUCCAAAAUCGUCAACAAGCAGGUGAUAUCUGUGGCAUAUUAGCACAAAACUACAAGUAUAAGUAUGUGAUGAAGUAUUUCUUAUGGAUGCAGAUUUAGAGUUGGAUAUAUGCCAUACACUCUAAUUUUGCAAAAUAGCAUAGCAAAUGGCCUCUGUGGUCAAUGUGUCGUGUGGCGCUAUAAUUUUCAAGUAUUUGAAAAUGGUGGUCAACAAUUCAAAUCGCUGCAUCAAAAAUGGAAGAGGCUUAGAGCAUCCACACUGAGCGAGCUCGCAGGUGGGCGCCUCUGUCCGAAGCCACCGGGCCCUGCACCAGUAGAGCCCCACCUCACAGCCCGGCUCGCCCUAUGCCUCCGGCAGUAUUUGCACGCGCCUCUCUCUUCAUUCUUCUGCGUUCGGGGCGCAAAGGCACGUCUCGCUUCGAUCCCACCAGCAUCGGUGCAAGGCUCGUGCGAGCCGUACUGCAGAUGCUUUUAUGUACAAGUUUGAGGCUUAGGGGCCAGCGUUUGCAUUUGCAUUUCAUUUCGAUUCUUGCUAAAAUCGAAAUGAAUUGAAUUUGUAAUUUUUUUUAUGAAAUAAAAUAAUUCAAACCGAA